GAGCUGGUCAGCGCAUCUACGUUUAAUUGCGAAAUAUGAAUUUCAAAUAUUCACGCUCAUUGUUCUCGCUUCGCUUGGAUGUAAGAUGUGACGUCAUGAUAAUUAUAAAAUAAAACUAAACAACCAAACAAUUGGGAAGUCAUAGAAGCUCGUAAAUCUUACACGCGAAUCUAAAAUUUAAACAUAUUUUGUACUCAAAUAAAAUUUUGUUGCACACAAAUCAGGGAAAUUAACCCAUUGCGAGCUUAAACAAUUAUUAUCUGCAUUAAUUUCGUGCCUGGCAAAUAUUAAGCUGCGUAAACUAGCUUUUAAUUAUGUAUUAUAAAAAGAAAACCUUUGGAUUUAUGACAUAAAAGCCCAUGAAUCUAAAACAGGGGAUUAUUGUACUAAAACAAAUACUAAAACAUAGAUUUCUUUCUUUUAACCUGUUCUAUAUGAACCAUUUAUCCAAAUCCAAAAUGAUUAAGAUAUUUAAUGGACUCUGAAGAUGGUACAUCUCUGUGAAAUCACGUGCUUUAAUAACUACAGCGAUCAGGGUAAGUUCUGAGUGAAGAACUCGGAAAAAUAAGCCAAAAGUCGAUAGAAACAGCUGAAUAAAUUUGGCAAUCAUUUGUAUAAGGUAAACGUAUUGAACAAGUAUAUAUUUCCAACAACAGUCCACACCAGCGCAUAACAAUUGGUUAGCAAUCAUCUUCUUAUACAAUUAUAUAAAGAAAAUACGUACAAUAGAUAUAAAGAAACAUUAAUUUGGUAGCACCAGUUGGUUAAAUAUGCAUACAUUCUUUGGUUUUAAAAGUCACCUGGAAUCAUCACAGCGGUAUAUAAGACCGUGCUACCAUCCGAAGACACCAUCAAUCUGAAAAUGAGGGCAACAUCGAUCAUCCUAUCAGGAGUUAUUGUCCUGGCCGCUUGCCUUUUGAGGUGUAGCGAGGCGGUGACCUGCACCGCCGACCCCACCGUCACAGGAUGCAUCGACUGCACCACCAGUCCAACCGAUCCCGAGUGCGUGGCUGAGGCCGCUGCUAAUACCACUACGAAACCCGCAGAUGGUACAGAUACCACGACACCCGCCACAGGAGGAAGCACCGAUGUGACCCCGGGGGGAACUACGACGCCUACUUCGCCGAGCGGCACUGUCACUCCAGCUCCGACUAGCCCACCUAGCGACUCCUCGUCGCCCAGCGACUCCUCACCCAAUUCAAACAACGCGGCUGCCAGAAGGAGGAGGAGGAUGGCGGCCAGGAGGCGCGCUCAAAGAAGGAGGCGUGCACAAAGGAGGAGGGACCAGAGGAGGAGGAGGGCCCAAAGGCGCAGGAGGCAAAACCGAUCGGGCUAGAGACGACACAUUCCCAUACGCUUUGAUAAAAUUACAGAAAUACUAAAUAAAACCUAUAUUCAGCAUCCAACACCAAAAAUAGUUUG